AGCGCACCGGGAGGUGAAUGCGCCAAGUCCAAGUGGCGACGAGGAUCAACCAGAUGCUGGCGCUUUUAUGUUGGGGGAAAAGCACUCGAUAGUCUAGAACUAGGUACUUAGAGUUUGAUCUUUCUACUCUUACAAUAAGAAAAGGAGAGCUCUCGUAGUUGUGAUAUUUUUUCCUAUAUUCUUUUCUGGAGGUAGCUUGCUGUCUUAUUCUCAUCUGUGAUAUAUCCUCUAAUGCUAAUCAGCAGGCAAUUGUUGUUCAUCUUCUAUCGCGUUCACGAGACAACUAAAAUACUUACUUGCGUAGGCAGUUUUAUUGUGCAAGUUGCUGUUAUGUGCUCGCAGUUACUUAUUUUGUCGUGACUUCAUGCUUACGGGAGAGUGCAGCUCCUGUCACUGUGAGGACUCGGAGGCCUCGGAGGCUCAGCCCGUGGUGCAGCGUGGACCUAAUCUGAGGGGGUCGAUACCGUACCAAGUCGAUGUCGAGG